AUGGGCGAGACCAAGAUCAUCUACCACCUGGACGGGCAGGAGACGCCGUACCUGGUGAAGCUGCCCCUGCCCGCCGAGCGCGUCACCCUGGCGGACUUUAAGGGCGUUCUGCAGAGACCCAGCUACAAGUUCUUCUUCAAGUCUAUGGACGACGACUUCGGAGUGGUGAAGGAGGAGAUCUCUGAUGACAAUGCCAAGUUGCCCUGCUUCAAUGGCCGGGUGGUGUCCUGGUUGGUGUCCGCGGAGGGCCCGCACCCAGAGCCAGCCCCAUUCUGUGCUGACAACCCUGCGGAGCUUCCACCCCCCAUGGAGCGCACGGGAGGCAUCGGGGACUCCCGGCCCCCCUCCUUCCACCCUCAUGCUGGUGGGGGCAGCCAGGAGAACCUGGACAACGACACAGAAACGGACUCCUUGGUGUCCGCCCAGAGGGAGCGGCCUCGCCGGAGGGACGGCCCAGAGCACACAACCCGGGUAAACGGAACUUCCAAGGGGGAGCGGCGGCGAGAGCCCGGGGGUUACGACAGCGCCUCCACCCUCAUGAGCAGCGAGUUGGAGACCACCAGCUUCUUUGACUCGGAUGAGGAUGACUCCACGAGCAGGUUCAGCAGCUCCACAGAGCAGAGCAGUGCGUCGCGCCUGAUGAGAAGACACAAGCGGCGGCGGCGGAAGCAGAAGGUGUCCCGGAUCGAGCGGUCCUCGUCCUUCAGCAGUAUCACGGACUCCACCAUGUCACUCAACAUCAUCACGGUCACUCUCAACAUGGAGAAGUAUAACUUCCUGGGCAUCUCCAUCGUGGGCCAGAGCAACGAGCGUGGUGACGGGGGCAUCUACAUCGGCUCCAUCAUGAAGGGUGGGGCCGUCGCUGCUGAUGGCCGUAUUGAGCCAGGAGACAUGCUGUUACAGGUCAACGAGAUCAACUUUGAGAACAUGAGCAAUGAUGAUGCUGUCCGGGUGUUACGGGAGAUUGUGCACAAGCCAGGGCCCAUCACCCUGACUGUAGCCAAGUGCUGGGACCCAAGUCCACGCGGCUGUUUCACACUGCCCAGGAGUGAGCCGAUCCGGCCCAUCGACCCCGCGGCCUGGGUCUCCCACACGGCGGCCAUGACUGGUACCUUUCCUGCCUAUGGCAUGAGCCCCUCCCUGAGCACCAUCACCUCCACCAGCUCCUCCAUCACCAGCUCCAUCCCUGACACUGAACGCCUAGAGGACUUCCACCUGUCCAUCCACAGUGACAUGGCUGCCAUCGUCAAAGCCAUGGCCUCCCCAGAAUCUGGUCUGGAGGUCCGGGACCGCAUGUGGCUCAAGAUCACCAUCCCCAAUGCUUUCAUUGGCUCAGAUGUGGUGGACUGGCUGUACCACAACGUGGAAGGCUUCACAGACCGGCGGGAGGCCCGCAAGUACGCCAGCAACCUGCUGAAAGCCGGCUUCAUCCGCCACACUGUCAACAAGAUCACCUUCUCCGAGCAAUGCUACUACAUUUUCGGUGACCUCUGCGGCAAUAUGGCCAACCUGUCCCUCCACGACCACGACGGCUCCAGCGGUGCCUCUGACCAGGACACGCUGGCCCCUCUGCCCCACCCCGGGGCCGCUCCUUGGCCCAUGGCCUUCCCUUACCAGUACCCGCCGCCCCCGCACCCCUACAACCCACACCCCGGCUUCCCAGAGCUGGGGUACAGCUACGCCGGGGGCAGCGCCAGUAGCCAGCACAGUGAAGGCAGCCGGAGUAGUGGCUCCAACCGCAGCGGCAGCGACCGGCGGAAGGAGAAGGACCCCAAGGCAGGGGACUCCAAGUCUGGGGGCAGCGGCAGCGAGUCGGACCACACGACGCGGAGCAGCCUGCGGGGGCCCCGUGAUCGAGCGGCCAGCGAGCGCUCGGGCCCAGCGGCCAGCGAGCACAGCCACCGCAGUCACCACUCGCUGGCCAGCAGCCUGCGCAGCCACCACAAGCACCCGAGCUAUGGCCCCCCCGGUGUGCCCCCGCUCUACGGGCCCCCGGUGCUGAUGAUGCCCCCGCCGCCUGCGGCCAUGGGGCCCCCCGGGGCCCCUCCAGGCCGCGACCUGGCCUCGGUGCCCCCCGAACUGACCGCCAGCAGACAGUCCUUCCGCAUGGCCAUGGGAAACCCCAGUGAGUUCUUUGUGGAUGUGAUGUGAGCAGGGCCCCCCCCACCUCUGUCCCAUCCCCGCCCUGGCCGCCUGCGUCCCUCUCGCCAUCCGUCUUUUUUUACUUUGUCUGGUACCUGAAAGGGAAAUAAACAGAACUAAAUCCAGGCGCGCUAACUGCUGGAGGGGUGCACUGAGGGCAGGGCAGACCUGCCACUUGGUUCUGCAACCCCUAACUUGCCUCCUGCCCUGCCUUGUGCCCUCUGCCCACUAACUGCUAUGCAGGGCUUCCCAGGACCCUUCGGGGCCCCGCGCUGCUGUCUCAGGGGACCAGGCUUGUUGUGCCACCCUUACUUGUCCCCGGCCCAGCCCUGCCCACACAUGUUGGGAACUAAAUGGAACAGUCACCUUGGAGGCCCCUCCCUUCCCUUCGGUUGACCAUCCCUGCUAACCUGCCCCUCACGCAUGUGUGCAACCCGCUAGACUUUGUCCUGCAACCUUGCUCUCCUGCCCCUGAAUGUCGCCCCGGCCCGCCUCCCAGAGCCGCAGCCACCUCCAGUAACCGUCCAUCCAUGCCCCCUGCCUGUGCCCAGCCCUGACCCAAAACACAGAGAGCCCCCGCGCCGCCUGAGCUGCUAGCUGGUCCCCGGAAGCAUCUCUUCUCUACUCCACCCCCACCCCCACCCCCACCCGAGCCCCUCCUUGCCAUGUCUGGCCUGUGUGCUGGCUCCUUCAGGCCCCUAACCCUACUAACGAGCAGGCUCAUCUCACCUCUGGGCCUGAAACAUCUCUUUUCUUUUUUCCUUCCCCAUUUUUUUCCUGGGCCUGGAGCAGCCAAGAAUUUCGGGCUGUUUGACUUUCUGUGAGCAAGGGGAGGCCCAGCCUCCGAGGAGACCAGGAAGCCUGCUUCAACAGCCCCUCGGGGCUCCUGGAGGAUACCUAGCCCCCCCACUAUACGUCAGCAUGUUGAAACACUAGGCUUCCUGCCGCUGGCCCCAGCAGCACGCCCAGGCAGGGAGACUCUGGUCCCCUCUCCAGAGGUAGUACACCCUGCCUCUCUUUCUCUCUCUCUCUCUCUCUCACACACACACACACACAGUGCCUAUGCAAGUUCACUUAGACUCAGGGCUGGUCCCUCGCCAAGGGCUGGACCCCUCUCGAUUAGUCAGCUUAUGGGGCAGGUCCCCUGUCUUCCUCUUCUUCCUCAGAGUUCUCCAGUCUUUCACACUUGUCCUCAAAUACAAGUACAGCCUGUACGCUGGGCUCAGCAGAAGACUUCUCAAGCAACCAGCAUUGGACAUUCUCAUCCCCUCUUCCACACCCCACCCUCCCGUUUCCACCUUUUCCACUGUAUUCCAGAGUGGGACACAGGAGUUCACAGGGCUGUUGAGGUUUGGCAGGGGAUCCCUAGAGCUUCCAGACAGUGCCAGGUGUUUUUUUCGUUGUUUGCUUUUGUUUUUUAAACCUGGUUCUUCGCUUUAAAAGGAAAAAAAUCAUGACUGUUAUCAUGUUUUACCUAAGUCACUAAGGUUCUCAUCGUUUCCGGACUGAGGUAUCAAGGGUAAGGUAAAUCCCUUAGUUCCAAGCCUGGACAUUUUGGCAUUCAUUGAGUUAGCUAAUACUUCUGGGGUGUGGGUAAAUGGGAGGCUGUGCUGAAGUGUGUCCAUGGUGUCCCCUUCUGGGAGGUCUGGGCUUGCUCCCCACUCAGCCCUGGCGCUUUCCCGAGGCACCACCACUGCAGGGCUUUGUCCCGUACAUCUCAGCCCUCUCUGGCUCUGCUUGUCCAACUUUCUGGAGGAUUGCUCCACUGUUGCUCAUGCCUUCCAUGUUGGUCCCCCCCGCCACCUUACCCCUGCCCCGGCAUUCCAUCUCCGGCCCACUUCUGUUUCUUUGGAAGACCCCAAAAUGGCCUUCCCAGUGGUGGGAUUCAAAUAAUUUAACAGGUUCACUGCUCUAAUGAACCGUUUUUAGUACUAAAAAAUGAUACACCAGAAGGUAGUCUAUUGUCUCAUGCAGAUAAUACUGAAAUAAGAACAAUAAAAGGUACGCGUUAAAACAGUA